UUUUAUGAUGAUCCUGAAUAUACAUAGAGAGGAUCAGACCCCUGAACAGAGGGGCCCCCAUUGCCAGCCCCUGCUGUCACCUCAGUAAGCCCCAAAAUGGGCUGUCAUGCUACCGUCUAAUACUCACUCUUAACUUCCUCCUGAGUUCGAAGGGCACAAACUUACCAGGAGAAUAGGAGUCCUGUGAGUUCCUAGAGCAGUUGUUUCUCAAAAACCUGUAGAAGGGGCCCUGGUUAAAGCCAAGACGCUUGCUCUCUGGUGAAGGUGUCGAUGUGAUGCCAUUCUCUCCCGUCCAGGUGCCAGCCUUCCUGCCCACACUCCUACCUGCUGUCACAGGCCAAAACCAUCAUGCCUCGGGGUCAGAAGAGUAAGCACCGUGCCCGUGACAAACGCCGAGAGACCCAUGGUCAGCCUCAGGGUCUCACAGGUCCCCAGACCACUGCGGAAAAGCAAGAAGAGCCCCAUUCUUCCACUGUCUCUUCUCCUGAUUAUCGGGGUGCUCAUCCUAAGUCUUCUGAUGCCUCCUUUCCUCAGGAGUCUCAGGGAGCUUCACCCACUGGCUCUCCUGAUGCAGGUGUUUCAUGCUCAAAAUCUGAUGUGGCUGCCAAGGGUCAAGAUGAGAAAAAUGCAAGCACCUCCCCAAAUGCCUCCGUUCCUCAGGAGUCUCAGAGAGCUUCACCCGCUGGCUCUCUUGAUGCAGGUGCUUCAUGCUCAAAAUCUGAUGUGGCUGCCAAGGGUCAAGAUGAGAAAAAUGCAAGCACCUCCCCUAAUGCCUCCGUUCCUCAGGAGUCUCAGAGAGCUUCACCCACUGGCUCUCUUGAUGCAGGUGCUUCAUGCUCAAAAUCUGAUGUGGCUGCCAAGGGUCAAGAUGAGAAAAAUGAAAGUGCAAUCGCCUCCCAUAGAGCUGCCUUCUUUAAGACCACAGAUCGAGAUCCUCUAAACAGGAAGGCUAGAGUGUUGGUGCAGUUCCUACAGGAGAAGUUUGAGAAGAAAGAGAUCAUUUUGAAGGCCGACAUGCUGAAGCGUAUUAACAGAAAGUACAAGGUGUACUUGCCCGAGAUCCUCAAGAAAACCUCCAACCAUUUGGCAGUGGUUUUUGGCGUUGAAUUGAAAGAAAUGGAUUCCAGCGGCGAAUCCUACACCCUUGUCAGCAUGCUGGGCCUCUCCAGUGAAGGAAUUCUGAGUGGUGUUAAUGGGCUGGCGAAGUCGGGUAUCCUGAUGUCUCUCCUGAGUUUCAUUUUCAUAAGAGGGAACUGUGCCAUUGAAAAGGAGGUCUGGGACUUCCUGAGUGUUUUGGGGAUCUAUGACGGAGUCGUGCACUCAAUCUAUGGGGAGCCCCGGAAGAUCAUUAUGGAAGAUUUGGUGCAAGAUAAGUACCUGGAGUACUGGCAGGUGUGCGACGGUGAUCCUCCAUGCUAUGGGUUCCUGUGGGGUCCACGAGCCCAUGCUGAAACCAGUAAGAUGAGCGUCCUGAGAGCUUUGGCCAAUAUCAAUAAUACUGUCCCCGGUUUCUACCCACAUCUGUAUGAAGAGGCUUUGAUAGAUGAGGCACAGAGAGCAUUGAGACUGAGAGCUUAAAGGCAGGGCUGGCACUGUUCUCUUGGCCAGGGAACCUUAUGGGAGUACAUCCUACAGAUCCACUUCUAGGGAAGUCUGAAUUAGAAUUUUUGCCGUAUGCUAGAAGAAGAGAGUAGUGAGCUUUCUAAAUAGUGCAGUAUAGUAGAGGCUGGAGGGAAAAGAUGUGUAUCUUUCUUUUGUCCUGUUACACAUGAGUAACACAGAUUUAUGUUUUGCUUUUACUAUUAAUAUUCAAGAUUGUUCCUGUUAAGUGAAGGUUUAUUUUGCUUCAUACUAUAAACGUAUCAGUAACAUAGCUCUCACAUUCAUAGCUGUUUAAGCAAUUUGGAAGUUACGGUUUUGGUAUUAAUAAAACAAAAUCAUACACCGUUCAUAUUUUCUCUAUAAUUCAGAACUAGAUAACAUGGUAACAGAGAAGGGAUUUUGAUAUGAAUCUUAAAGAACUCCACAGUAAACUAGU